AUGUUCCGUUUGCUAAGUUCAGGUGAGUUAAACGCGAAGAUAGACGUUGCCAGUAUCUGUGUAGGUGGAGGGAAAUAUGUAGCCCCAACUACACCUCCAAACAAAGCUGCCCCUUUAUUACGGUUCUCCAAACCGCGGGCGCGCUGGGCCGCCGUUACAGAGCAGGGAGCAGGGGCUCCAGCAAAGCCAAACUUACAUAAGCAGCGGCAGCCGCCUCCCCUACCCCGGAGCAGCCGCGACAAUGGCGACGGCACGACUUCCCGGUUGAAAGCUCGCAACUUCGGGAUGGGGAGGAAGCAGGGAACCAAGCGCAAGACCCGAGAGAACUUCAGAGCCUCUCAGGCCUCGCUCCCGUUUCUUUGGGCCCGGGAGGUCUCCCCGCCUCGGAGCCGGGAGGUGAAAGGGCCACUUUUCCUUUCAAAAUCGGAGUCCAGCGCCGGCUGGGGGCCGCGGCUCCGCGCCCAGGAGGGAGGGCCGGUGGCGGCGGCGAGCGGGAGCGGGAGCGGGCGUGCGGCCGGGCUCCGCAGCCCCGCGCCGCGCCCCGCGAGCCCGGAGCUCGCGCCCCGCGCACUCCCCGGCCGGCUCGCGCCGGGCCCUCCCCCGCCCUCCCGCGGCCGGGGGCGGGGGCGGCGCGCGGCCGGCUUCCAAGCUCCGCGGGCGCACCCGGGAGUGCGUGCGCGGGGGUCCCGGCCCCCUCCUCGGCAGGCAGCUGGGGGCGGCGCGGCGGGGCCCGCGGCUCGGAGGGGCGGCGCCCGGCGGGCCGCGCUCCGCGCCGGGCUCUGGGCCGUCCCCACCCCCACCCCCACCGCGGUGCACUGCGGCGGUGCGAGCGGGGGCGGCCAUGAACUCCGUCGCCGAGACUCGGCGAGCGCGCGCGCGGGGCCGCCGCCGCCGCCGCCGCCGCCGCCGCCCGGCCGCUGUCGAGCCCGCUCGCCGGCCUGCGCCGUCCCUAGGGCGCCCGGUCCCUUCGCCCGGCCCGGCCCCGGCCCACGCCCGGCCCCGCUCGCAUCGCGCCGCCAGCGGCCGCCCGCACAUCCUGGAACUGGCUGUUGCCCCAGAGCUCGGCGAGAACGCGCUUCUUCCGGGCCGCCCCGCCGCGCCGGCGGCCGGCCGCCCCCGCGCCCCCGCGGCCGCCUCGCGGAUGGCCCGGGCCCCUUCCGCACCCCCGGCCCGCGCUUACCUGCAGCCAGGCACAGCCACAGACACUCGCCGUGGGCUCCCCGCGCUCACUGCACGCAGGCCGGGGACGGGUUGGACGCGGGGCGCGGGGGCACGGUGGGUGGCAGUGUAUUUUGA